GUGUCAUGUGAUUCAGAAUGACUUGGAACGUCGGAAAAACACUAUAGAUUUUCUGGUGCAAAUAUAAACUUCUCCUUUGGUAAAAAUGCAGAAAUCAGAUGAAAUCUUGCCGCCUGCCAAUACUUUCCUCGAUCCUCCUCUUUGUCUCGAUUGCUGCAGCAGCAAAAAUGCAGCAGCAAGUGACCUUUAUGCCUGCUGGCACCAGCAUUUUUCACUUCAUCAGAUCGCCACAUAAAAGUGCAUUCGCCAUAGCAACUCCUCAUCUGCGCCAAAUGUUCGUGGCAAGAUAUUCUGCUCCAGCAGCCUCGAAAAUAAGGCCUGCUGCAGCAGUUGCAGAAGUCACCGAACAGCAAGACGAUGUAUAUGAGACAGCAGGAUCGCAGAAAACUUACCAACAACCUGGUUUAGGUCAAUAUGCAAAUGCCAUUCCUCAACCAGCUUUCGCCGAAGACAUAAGACGUCCAGCUAUUGAAGCUAUACAAAAAGCUUUGCUGCUCCAGCAACAGACAUCACAGUUGCAACAACAGUCCCUUCAGCAACUACAGCAACAAUCCAUGCAACAGAUUCAACAAAAUCAGUACUAUCAACCUCAACAGCAACAGUAUUAUCAACCUCAGCAAGUUCUAAGCAACUCAGUAUUGCCUCAGCAGCAGUAUUACCAGGCACCAGCAAAUGAUCAGUACUAUCAACAAUCGACACAGCAAGUGCAACAAUACUAUCAACCGCAAUUCGAUCAACAACAGUUGCAGGCUUUGUUUCAACAACAAUAUCAGCAAAAGACGGGUCCAGUGCAGUUCCAACAGCCAUCAGCUGCAGCAUCAGAAACUAGUUAUAAUUUAGCUGAAUCAGCAGCAAAUAUUGAACAUCAGAAUACUAAACAGUUGGGUGUUGCUUACUCGCCUUCAACGGAUGUUUCUAGUUUUAAAUAUGCAAGUCAAGGAUUGAACUAUAAUUUUUGAAAAUAUUUAGGAACAAAAUUGUUGUAAGUAUUAAUUAUUUA